UUUUGCUUCGCUUGCCGUAGCUACGGAAAACGCGGCGGGACCAGUGAGUGUUCCAAGCGCUCCUCGUUUUUGUUUUGCCGACAUGGCGGCGCAUUUGAAAAAGCGGGUGUAUGAGGAAUUCUCCAGAGUCGUCCAGGUUCCCGCCGAAGAAGUCGCGUCCAAGAAGCUUCGUCUGUGUAAGCCCAGCAAGUCGGCGGCUCUUUACGUGGAUCUGUGCAAGGCCGCCAACGCCACCGACGCUUUGCACUUCCUGCUGCGCUUCGCCCGCAAACCCGUGGAGGCCGAGAGCGUCGAGGGCGUCGUCAGGAUCCUCCUGGAACACUACUACAAGGAAACGGAUAACUCGGUGCGGCUGAAAAUCGCGUCCCUGCUGGGCGUCCUGUCCACCACGCCGGGCUUCAGUCCUGACUGCAUCGUGGAGGACCUCGUCACCGCCGUGGGCAACGAGAAGUCCCAUCAGGUUCUGGCGCAGCUUCUGGACAGCCUCCUGACGGUGGGGACUCAGCUUCCGCAGAGUCCGUCGGUGGGGCAGCGGCUGGCGGAGGUGGCCCGCAAGCAUCUGUCGGACGCCUCGUUCGGCGUGAGGACCAAAUGUCUGCAGCUGCUGGGACGCGUGGGCGCGGUGGACGGCGAGGCUCCCGGCACGUCCGCCGGGGGUGCCCGAGACGUGCCGACCGUCAUCAGCGACUUCUUUGGAGAUCAGGACCCCAGAGUGCGCACGGCGGCCCUCAAAGCCAUGCUGCAGCUGCACGAGCGGGGAACCAAGAUUCAGCAGGUGAUCUACGAGCAGGCGUGCCGGCUGCUGGCGGACGACUACGAGCAGGUUCGCUCCGCCGCCGUUCAAAUGGUUUGGGUGCUGAGCGUCUUGUAUCCGGAAAGCAUCGUGCCCAUCCCCUCGUCCAACGAGGAGAUCCGCCUGGUGGACGACGCCUUCGGGAAGAUCAGCCACAUGGUCAGCGACGGCUCGUGGAUGGUGCGCGUGCAGGCCGCCAAGACGCUGGGCUCCAUGUCGCAGGUCAGUCCUCACUUCCUGGAGCAGACGCUGGACAAGAAGCUGAUGUCCGAUCUGCGGCGGAAGCGCACAGCCCACGAGCGCGCCAAGGAGCUCUUCGCUUCGGGCGAGUUCUCGUCCGGCAGGAAGUGGGCCGACGACGCCCCCAAGGAGAAAGUGGACACCAACACGGUCAACCUGAUCGCCUCGGGAGCCUGCGGAGCCUUCGUCCACGGUCUGGAGGACGAGAUGUUCGAGGUGCGCAUCGCGGCCGUGGAGGCCCUGUGCCGGCUGGCUCGUUCGUCGGCCGGCUUCGCCGAGAAGUGCCUGGACUUCCUGGUGGACAUGUUCAACGAUGAGAUCGAGGAGGUGCGGCUGCAGUCCAUCCACGUGCUGCGAGAGAUCUCCACGCACAUCACGCUCAGGGAGGACCAGCUGGACACCGUGCUGGCCGUGCUGGAGGACUCGUCUCGCGACAUCCGAGAGGCUUUGCACGAGCUGCUGUGCUACACCAACGUGUCCACCAAGGAGUGCAUCCAGCUGGCCCUGCUGGAGCUGCUCAAGAACCUCAACAAGUAUCCCGCCGACCGCAACUCCGUGUGGAAGUGUCUCAAGUUUUUGGGUUCGCGCCACCCGAUGCUGGUGUUGCCACUGGUCCCGGAACUGCUCAGCACGCACCCUUACUUUGACACGCCGGAACCCGACAUGGACGACCCGGCCUACAUCGCCGUUCUGGUGUUGGUGUUCAACGCGGCCAAGUCGUGUCCCACCAUGCCGGCGCUCUUCUCGGACCACACCUUCAGACACUACGCUUACCUCAGGGACAGCCUGUCGCACCUGGUCCCCCCUCUGCCGCUGCCGGGCAGGAAGCAGGUCCACGCUUUGGACUCGGCCGACUGUCAAGGCGUGGAGUCGGCCCGGCUCUUCCUGCAGCAAAGUCUGGACCGCGUAAGCACCAUCCAGAACCUGGAAGCGCCCGGAGCUCAGGACCUGCUCAUCUUCACCAUCCGGUACACACACACACGCACGGACUGACUUGGUGAGAGUCAGCAUGACUUAAGUUUGGCAGCUGACUUCUGCGCCACGUACCGGCGCUGCCAGCUUCUCCUCCUCAAGGCUCUGCACGAGAAGCUGUGGAACACGCCGGUGCCUCUCUGCCCCGAGCGCAGCGGCACGGCGCCGGCGGCCACCCGACAGGUUGUGGAGGAGACCUACAAGCUGGAGUUCAUGUACAGCGGCCUGGAGAGCAGCCAGGUGGCCGUCAUCCAUCACGUGCGGCUGCAGGCCAAAGCGCUGCAGCUGGUUCUCAGCGCGCGCGGCGCACACGGGCAGGAUCCCGUCGUCGGCGUCUGCGAAAAGUUCCUGCAGGAGCUGGACGGCUUCCACAGGCUGUUUGCGGCCGAGCUCCCGCUCCUCCAGGACGGCUUCGCCGGCAAGCUGGCCGAGGCGGCGCCGCGCCCGGCGUCCCGCAAGCCGUCCGAGCUGCUCCGGAUCCUGGAGACGUCGCUGAGGCGGAGCGCCCCGCUGCAGCUCAGCCUUCCGCCUCAGAUCCAUCGAGCCACGGCCAACAUCAUCGAGCCCACGGGAGAGUCGGACAACCCGCUCAAGUUCACGUCCGGCCUGGUGGUGGCGCUGGACGUCGACGCUACUCUGGAGCACGUCCGCGACCCCCACAACUCUGUCAAAGUGGAGGUUCUUUAUCCCGACGGCCAGAGUCACGUGAUCCACCCCAAGCCGGGGGACUUCCGCAAGCCGGGACCGCAGCGGCACAGGCUCAUCACGCAGGUCUACUUGUCGCACGGCGCCUGGACGGAGCCUUCUCAGGUGGAGUUGCGCCUCCUGCUGGCCUACAGCUCCUCCUGCUCCUCUUCUGCGGGCGACUCCAAGCUGGCGUGGAGCGACAGCCUGGACGGCCUCCCGCCGGCGGAGAGCGCCGUGGAGGGAACCAUCGCCUUCAGCGACCCCGUCAAAGUCUUUAUCAUGCCCAAGCCUGCCCGGCGCUAAUGCUAACAGUAGCGACGCCAAAGGACCGCCAGGUGCACGGAUCAACGCCCUCGUCGUCGCCUUCAUUCUCACGCGCACUCUCGAAAUCUGUGCUCCGAUGAGGCGCGUAACAACGACCUCGUGGCUUUAUUUGCAGAGGUCAUCCGCCGGAAACCAUUUGGACGCGCUUGUGGCCGUGCUGCCGCGGGAUCCAAACGCACUCGAUAACAAGCAGCGGCCCGGGACGAAGCUUAAGAACGACGCGUCGUGGAAAGUGCCGCAGACGGGCUAACGUUUGGCAUUUGCUCAUUCGAGAAGCAACAGAUGUUUCAAGCCAAAUGGUGGCGCAGCACUUGUAGACAGACAACACAAACUUCCUGUUCAACAUAUGCCGAUUAGAUUUGCAGAUUCUGCGGGGAAUCGAUCGUUCGUUAACCACCAAUCUCAUGUUUAUUUGCAUUUGUUUUUGGAGAAAAAUAAAAACUCAACGUG